ACCCAAAAUUCUCACAUCAAUUUACAUAAUUUUCUCUUCUUCUACUUGUGAAAAUAAUAUUUUUCAAGAAUGGCAAUUCUCUCUGAUUACCAAGAAGAAAAUCAAGAACAAACCAUGAACCCUAUUGAGAAAGAAGAAGAAAAUUCUUCUAAUUUAGCCCUUAAAGAAGAAGGAAAUUCAUCUUCAAGUUCAACCCCCAAAGGAGAAGUAAACAAGAAACUAAAGCCAAAUAAGUCCAAUGGACUUGAUAUGGAGAAUUAUUCAUGGGGACAAUCUCUUCAAGAAGUCACCAUCAAUAUCCCAGUUCCUCCAGGUACCAAACCAAGAUUCAUAAUUGUGGAAAUCAAAACCAAUUCACUGAAAGUUGGAUUGAAAAAUCAACCACUAAUAUUAGAUGGUGAAUAUUUCAAGGCAAUUAAAGUUGAUGAAAGUUAUUGGAGUUUAGAAGAUCAAAAAGAAAUUUCAAUUCUAUUAUCAAAACAAAACCAAUCUGAUUGGUGGAAGAGUUUAUUCAAAGGUGAAGAAGAAAUUGACACACAAAAAGUAGAGCCAGAACCAAGUAAAUUGUCUGAUUUGGACACAGAGACAAGGGCUGCAGUGGAAAAAAUGAUGUUUGAUCAAAGACAAAAACAAAUGGGACUUCCAUCAAGUGAGGAAAUUAAGAAUCAAGAUAUUCUUAAACAAUUUAUGCAACAAAAUCCUGCUAUGGCUAAGAAUUUUGGUAAUGCUAAGAUGAUGCCAAAUUCUAAGAUGAUAGGUUAAUUUCAUUCAACAUUAUUUAUUUCUAGUUGAUUUUGAAUUUUUUUUCUUCAUAUUAUAUAGUAUUAGAGGUUUAAAUUAUUGUUGGUCUUUGGAUUUUGUGGGGAUUUGUUGUUUGGGCUCAAUGUCUUUUGAUUUUGUUUAUUUUUAAUUAACUAUAAUGUUUGGAACAGUUUGAGGUAUUUUAUUAAUAUUUUAUUUGUUAGGAAUAGGUGGAAAUUGAUUUGUAGGGCUAUGAGGCUUAAUUACAUGAUCAUAUAAUUAAUUCUAUUACUUUUUUU